CGACGCGUUAGAAACUCAAUAAAUCCGCGGGAAGUUACAAUCCAGGUUUCGCUGCAUCUUGCGCUCUGUAGCUAGCCAGCCCCGGCCACAUAUCCAUCGCAGAGCCAUGAGUUCUCUGUUGAAGACCAGGAAUGAAGGGAAGCAACAAAAACAGGCGUCUCCUCAGGAACAACAGCGAAAGAUAGACGAGGUCCGUGAGCUGCUGGGCGACCUGCCGACGGAGAUGCCGAGCUUCUUAUCGGACGGCACCAUCCGCAGGUUUCUCCGAGCAAAGAACUGGAGCAUGGAACAAGCGACCAAGGCUCUCAAGGAAGCUGUCAAGUGGAGGCGUCAGUACAAGCCAGACAAGAUUUGCUGGGAAGACCUCGCUAGCAUGGAGAAUGAGGUUCGAAGAGCGUAUAUACCAGACUAUCUUGACAACAAUGGGAGAACUGUCUUCGCAAUAAUGACGUCAAAAAAGAGCUUAACUUCAACAAAGGAACAUAUAAAACAACUUGUGUAUAACCUUGAGAUCUUGGCAUUGAGCUCGAAAGACGCACAAGAAAAGAACGUUGUUUGGAUUUGUGAUUUCCAUGGUUGGACACUAUCAACUACACCAUUGUGGGAAACCCGAGAAUCGUUGCACAUAAUUCAAAACUAUUAUCCAGGGUUGAUUGGAGCAGCAAUUCUCUGUAAUCCGCCAAAGAUAUUUGAAUCUUUUUGGAAGAUAGUAAAACACUUCAUCGAGCCAAUGUUGUACGACAAAGUGAAAUUUGUUUAUAGCAACAACUCAGAUAGCCAGAGGAUAUUGGCUGACAUAUUUGACCUGGACAAGUUGGAGUUUGCUUUUGGAGGAAGAAACACUGCUAGCCUUGAUAUUACAAAGUACUCUGAAAGAAUGAGAAGACGAGAUCAGAUAAGGGGUGCUUGCAAGGACGCAAGUGGUACCAUCUCACCUUCCGGACAAAGAAUACAAUCGACUACAUGAAGACUAAAACCUUGUAUUUACAUGAAGCCCUGAGCCACAGAAGGCUACCCUCUUGCUAGGGAAUAUAAUUAUCUGAUAUGUGUGUGUGUGUGUGUGUCCUAACAUAUGAUUGCCAUCAAGCAUGAGCAUGAGCCAUGACCAUGGGGUUUUGUGGCAGUCGUUAUGUUCAGUUGUUAACUGAAUUUGAACUGAACUCAUCCUAUGUAAGGCACAUGAAAGGAUGAGGUCAUAGCAUGUUUGGGGUCAUAAAAGAUGUUGAUUUAA